AAAAAAAAUCAAUAAAAAAAUUUUGAAUAAAGGCAAGAAAUAGAAAAAAAAUCAAAAUGGAAUACGGCAAUGGUAAUGGUAAUGGACAGUAUCAAUCAAUGGAGAGCUAUGGCAUGUCUGCAGCUGAUGGACAGUGCCAGGAUAUGGGCAUGGGCGGCGGCAUGGGCCAGGACUACGGCGGUCAGUCCAGCUACGGCGGUCAAUCGGGCUACGGCGGUGGUGGCAUGUAUGAUGAUUCAAGGAAUUGUCAAAGUGGCUCCGCUGCCUUUGGUGGACCCGGCUAUCGCAGUCCACUGCGCUACAACAAAGUGAUGAAGGAAAUGAAUUCGCGCAAUGGACUAUACUCUCCCGAACAGCGCGCUGGACGUGGCAAUGGUGAUUACUACAAUUCGUUGCCUGGCAUUGGUGGUCACGAGGGUGCAAUGUAUCAGUCUCGCAAUAAUAAUAACCAAUCGUAUUACUAAGCACAAAUGUUGCAAAAUGAUAAAAAAAAUAUGAAUUAUAUAUAU